AUGUCUUCUAAUACUAUCACUUUAGGCUACUGGGCUCUCCCUUUAAGAGGAUAACCAAUUAGAUAUAUUUUUGAAUUAGCUAAAUUUCCCUAUUAACAAACUCUUUACACUUCUGCCACUGCAUCUAACUGGUUUGGUAAAGACAAACAAGAACUCGGAUUAGAUUUCCCCAAUUUGCCUUAUCUUAUUAAAGGAGAUUUCAAGAUUACUGAAUCUUAAAAUAUUGUUAACUAUGCAAUUGAUAUCACUAAAUAGCAACAUUUAUUAGGAACAGGUUAAAAAACAUUCAAAAUUGACAAUAUUAGAUUCUUCUGCGACGAAUUGACUAGCAAGGUAUUUUUGGCCACAAGAAAAAGUGGAGAAGAAAAGACAACUGAAAUAAACAACGUUUUAAUUCCUAAGUUUAAAUACUUGCACAAGUAAUUAGGAAACAAUGUUUAUUUCUUUGACAACAAGUUAUCUCUUGCUGAUAUAUUUGCCUACACUGCAAUCAAUGUCUUCAAGCUUAAGUUCAAUGAAGAAUACUAACAAUUUUCAUCAACCUUCGACCCCUUCAUGAAAAACUUCGAAGAAAUACCUUUAAUUAAAGAAUACCACAACUCUGAUCGUUAUCCUAAAAUGCCUUGA